AUGAAUCAGUUAAUCUUUGUUGGCUGUCUCUUGCUCUGCUCCGUGGUACAGGCAGCCUUCCAGGACUUUGUGAUAGGACCAGAGUCCUAUUUGGGGGAUAUAGAACCGCCCGUUGAAGAGGAUCAGCUUAUGGACGAGGACGAUGCAGAGCAAGAUGUGAUGGUGUCCUUUCAAGACGUACAAAGGCAUGGCGUGGUGGAUACCAACCUAUUGUUGAAGGCUCUUAUGCAGCAUGCCAAUCGUUUGGGCAUGAGUUUGGAUGAGCUAGCUGCCAUGAAUAUGGGAGGAGACGAUGAGGUGUAUGCUAACCAACUGGGCUGCUCGCCGGACCAAGAUGAAUUCAACUACCAGGAGAGACCCACCUGGCGGGAUGUGCUUUUCAACUAA